AUGCCAGAAAUCUAUACCGUGCCCGGGAUUUUUUUUGGGUUAGGGGAUGAGAUAUCAACGGCGCAUCUCUCACGUCCAGUGCUGAAACAAGGAUAAAAGUCCCACCUAAUCCAUUCCCAGGACUAGGAGGAGGCUAGCUGGUGAUGGUGUACAGCUGCUACGGUUGACAGCACAACGGCGUUCAGAGGACGGAAGUAUUUCCAUCGAAUUUCCUAAUUCAACAUAAGAUUGUGAUUCCCGAGUGAAAGGAUCUUUUUAUUCCAGACAAGGAAAGUCGCAGAUUUUUGGAAGUUAUACUAGUAAUAGUUAAAAGUAAAGUCCACAGUAUCGCUAAGUGCCUUAUAUAAGACAAAUCGCAGCGACGACAAAGAUUACAUUCUACUAGUAGUAUAUAUUCCUUGCUUUCUAGUUGAGGUUGAGAAGAAAUGGAUCUGCUGCUGCCCAACUAGGGUUUUUAGCUCGAGGUUCCGGCAGCUGCAGCAGCACCGAAAAACCAAGCAGAGACGAAAAGGUUUGACUGGGAAAAGAAAAUGAGGCAAAAGAACGAGGUUAUUAACACAUCCAAGUUGUUUAAGUUUCUGUUAAUCGGGCUAACUGUGUUUUUGGGAUUGGUUUGUCUGUACAAUGGUUCGUCCUUCGCUCCACGUCUGCCCAGAGCCGACGACCCCCUAGAGGACGGCGCCGAUCCAGUAACGGGCCGCUUUCUGCCGAAGCGAUACUACUCGGACGAGUUGCCGGAAGACCAAGAGCGUAACCCUGAAGUUCCCAGAAGCAUUCCUGUUUGUGAUUUGAAUCAUUCGGAACUGAUCCCAUGCUUGGAUAGAAACUUGAUAUAUCAACUCAAAUUGAAGCCUAAUUUGACUUUAAUGGAGCAUUAUGAACGCCAUUGUCCGCCUCCUCACCGGCGGUACAAUUGCCUCAUUCCACCUCCAAUUGGCUACAAGAUCCCAAUCAAGUGGCCUGCAAGUAGAGAUCAAGUAUGGAAAGCCAACAUACCUCAUACGCAUCUCGCUCAAGAAAAAUCGGACCAAAACUGGAUGGUGGUUGAUGGGGAAAAGAUCAGGUUUCCUGGUGGAGGAACCCAUUUCCAUUAUGGUGCAGACAAGUACAUUGCAGCAAUUGCUGGGAUGCUUAAGUUUCCUGAUGAAAAGCUGAACAAUGGUGGGAAUAUCCGUAAUGUCCUUGAUGUGGGUUGUGGGGUUGCAAGUUUUGGGGCAUACCUUCUUCCUCUUGAUAUCAUCGCUAUGUCACUGGCGCCCAAUGAUGUGCAUGAGAAUCAAAUCCAAUUUGCAUUGGAGAGGGGAAUCCCCUCCACUCUUGGUGUUUUGGGAACUAAGAGACUACCUUAUCCAAGUAGAUCAUUUGAACUGGCUCAUUGUUCCCGUUGUAGGAUUGAUUGGCUUCAGAGAGAUGGAAUCCUCUUGUUAGAAUUAGACAGGUUGCUCAGACCAGGAGGUUAUUUCGUGUACUCAUCACCUGAAGCUUAUGCUCAUGAUGCGGAUAAUCGAAGAAUUUGGAAUGCCAUGUAUGAUCUUUUGAGAAGAAUGUGCUGGAGAGUUGUUUCAAGAAGAGAUCAAACUGUUAUAUGGGCUAAGCCUUUUAGUAACAGUUGUUAUAGAAAGAGAGAACCUGGGACUAACCCCCCCUUGUGCAGCUCUGACGAGGAUCCAGAUUCCACUUGGAAUGCGCUCAUGAAGGCUUGCAUCACUCCAUACUCUGCCAGGAUGCACAAGGAAAAAGGAAGUGGACUAAAACCUUGGCCACAAAGGCUUACUGCAGCUCCCCUUCGCCUGGAAGACAUUGGUGUCAGUCCUCAGGAGUUUCUGAAAGAUACUAGCAUAUGGCAUGACAGGGUUGUUGACUAUUGGAAGCAGAUGAGAUCGCUUAUGCAGAGGAACUCAUUUAGAAAUGUCAUGGACAUGAAUUCAAACCUUGGUGGGUUUGCUGCUGCUCUCAGAGAUAAGGAUCUCUGGGUGAUGAAUGUUGCUCCAGUAAAUGCUUCUUCUAAGCUUAAGAUCGUAUAUGAUAGAGGCCUAAUUGGCACCGUUCACGACUGGUGUGAAUCGUUUUCAACCUACCCUCGCACUUAUGAUUUACUUCAUGCCUGGGCCUUGUUCUCGGAGAUUGAGGAGCGUGGAUGUAGUACAGAAGAUCUUCUGAUUGAAAUGGACAGAAUCCUACGGCCAGAAGGAAUUGUCAUCAUAAGAGACAAACUUUCAGUUAUAAACUAUGCAAGAAAAUUCUUGACUGCCUUAAAGUGGGAUGGUUGGAUAUCAGAAGUGGAACCUAGGGCUGAUGCUCUCUCGCUAAAUGAAGAAAGAGUUUUAAUUGCAAAAAAGAGAUUAUGGCAGGUGGAGCUCACAAUGUUAUGAGUCUGCUUGCAUUUUGGGUAGAGUGCUACGCAAUUAUAUUGCACCUGCAGUUGCUGGGUAGAUCGUCAUUAUCCAUGGCAUCGGGGAAAUCAAGAAUUAGAGCUGUUGGGAGACUUUUUAUCUUUUGGCCUUGAGAGAUGAGGAACAUGAGUUCAACAUAGUUGCAUAACCAUCUCUUCAGAGGUGCCAUCUUGUAAAGAUACAACCACCACCAAGAAUGUGAUUUACCGAAGUAGCAUUUCAUGUAAAAUUUGUCUAGCUAGAUUACUGACCUGCCCAAUUGUAGAUGGUUCUUAAGUCACCUCUUUUGUUUCAAUAGUUUCAAUUUUUUCUUUAUUGAUGGAAUUUGGAUGGUAGAUGUUUUAGACUAGAGUCAUAUGCGGUGGUCGUGGCAACUGGGAUCACAACCCACUUAUUAUCUGUAACAGAAAACCUUAGCAGCAAUUGAUUGAUACAUCGACGUGACGAGGAUGAAAAUAAUAUUACUGAUGUGUGGUAGUGUAUAUCAUCAUUGACUGUUGAGCAUGAAAGACCGAAUGCUUGAGUAUGAUGGUAUUAACUAUUAUUCAUUUGCUGCAUUCUGGGAUUA